AUGGUGCCGCUAGGACCCGGGCCAGGCCAUCCUACCGCACACCAAACACACGGCGGGCCAUCAACUAACUUAUCCGGUCCAAAUUCGUUAUCACAGAGUUCCUCGCAAUCGAACAAGUCGUCAGUAGCAAAGCCGAAUUACACUCUUAAAUUUACUCUCGCGGGACACACAAAGGCCGUAUCGUCCGUUAAAUUCAGUCCUAAUGGAGAAUGGCUCGCGAGUUCCUCUGCUGACAAACUUAUUAAGGUGUGGGGGGCUUAUGAUGGCAAAUUUGAGAAGACAAUAUCGGGACACAAAAUGGGCAUCAGUGAUGUUGCAUGGUCCUCCGAUAGCAGGCUGAUUGUCAGCGCCAGUGACGACAAAACCUUGAAGGUUUGGGAGUUAAGUUCAGGGAAAUGUCUGAAGACAUUAAAAGGACAUAGUAAUUAUGUAUUUUGUUGUAAUUUUAAUCCCCAAAGUAACCUUAUUGUAUCAGGAAGUUUUGAUGAGAGUGUGCGGAUAUGGGAUGUAAGAACAGGAAAAUGUUUAAAGACAUUACCAGCACAUUCAGAUCCAGUCUCAGCGGUGCAUUUUAAUAGAGAUGGAAGCCUUAUUGUGUCCUCAAGUUAUGAUGGCUUAUGUCGAAUCUGGGACACAGCAUCCGGCCAGUGCCUUAAAACACUAAUAGAUGACGACAAUCCACCUGUAUCUUUUGUAAAAUUUUCUCCAAAUGGAAAAUAUAUUCUCGCUGCGACACUUGACAACACACUCAAAUUGUGGGACUACAGCAGAGGAAAAUGUUUAAAAACUUACACAGGACAUAAGAAUGAGAAAUAUUGUAUUUUUGCCAACUUCAGUGUCACUGGUGGAAAGUGGAUUGUAUCUGGCUCAGAAGACAAUCUAGUGUACAUUUGGAACCUGCAAUCAAAAGAAAUUGUUCAAAGGCUAUCAGGACACACUGACACAGUACUGUGCACUGCCUGUCAUCCCACUGAGAACAUCAUAGCCUCGGCAGCCCUCGAAAAUGACAAGACUAUCAAGUUAUGGAAGAGUGAUACGUAA